AUGUUUCGCCAACGUCGCCAUCCUCUACUCGCACUUCGCCGCGCCUGCACUGCGCACGAUUGCGGCCUAAUUCGCUCAGUGUCGUCUAGCUCAGAUUUGGAUCUGUUUACGCCGACCGAAGAGCACGGUGCACUACGGGGUAUGCUCGCAAAUUUUGUGAAGACAAAAGUGGAACCCCAGGCUUUGGAGUAUAAUCGUGAAGAGAAAUUUAACAUUAAGCUUUUUCGGGAGCUUGGGGACAUUGGACUAUUGGGCAUUACAGCCCCUGAAAAAUUUGGCGGCUCAGAAAUGGAUGCACUUGCUGCAGUGAUUGCACACGAGGAGUUGUCAUCCAGUGAUCCGGCUUUCUGUCUGUCUUUCUUGGCACACUCGAUGCUGUUUGUGAACAACGUCGCUCGCAAUGCAUCGGAAGAUCAGUGUCAAAAGUACCUUCCUGACGCUUGCUCGGGCGCCAAAAUAUGCGGAAUGGCUAUGAGUGAGCCCUCAGUUGGAACGGAUGUCUUAAAUAUGCGAACGACAGCGAAAAAGUCUGAUUGUGGUAAAUAUUAUGUGCUAAACGGAACCAAAAUGUGGAUUACGAACGGCGCAUUGAGCGAUACCGAGUUGGGCGAUGUGUUUUUAGUGUAUGCACGCACUGGCACUUCAGGAAAAGUCAAACAAGAUUUUUCGUCUUUUAUUGUUGAGAAAGGUCUCGAAGGGUUUUCGCUCGGGCAACGCAUCAAGGACAAAUGCGGAAUGCGCGCAUCUAAUACUGCUGAACUGGUGUUUGAAAAUUGCAAGGUGCCAGUUGAGAAUGUAGUGGGUACAGAGGGUAGCGCUGUGCUUUGCAUGAUGCGCAAUCUUGAGAUUGAGCGUGUAACAUUGGCUGCGAUGAGUUUGGGUAUUGCCCGCCGUUCGUUGGAGAUCAUGAACAAUUACGCUAAAGAGCGCACUGCGUUUGGUCAACCGUUGAACAAUUUUGGGCAGAUUCAAAAGAAUAUUGCUGAAUCGUACGCCCAAUAUAUGGCAGGACGAUCGUAUGUGUAUCUUACAGCAAGUAAGCUAAAACUAGACUCAGUGGGUAGCCGAGUGGAUACUGAUGGCGUCAAGCUAUACUGCGGUGACAUGGCGAAGCGAGUUGCAGAUCGCGCGAUUCAGACACUAGGUGGGUACGGCUAUGUUGGCGAGUACAACGUGGAGCGUCUAUGGCGCGACUCCAAAUUGCUUGAGAUUGGCGGCGGCACGAAUGAGUCGCAUCACAAGAAUAUGGUGCAAGAUUUCGUUCGGAAUGCUUUUUAA